ACUUUCUGUCUCUGUACUCUCCGAUGUUACUGGGGUAAUGACGGCUAAUCCCAAAGGAAGCAAAGCAAUAAAGUUACAGGUCAAGAAGGAGACCAGUGAAAAUGCCCUGACCCUCAGUGACCGUGAGUUGGUCGCCAUGACAGUCCGAGAGCUCAACCAACACCUGCGAGGCCUGAGCAAGGAGGAGAUUGUUCAGCUGAAACAGCGUAGGCGCACGCUGAAGAACCGUGGUUACGCAGCUAGCUGCCGGGUCAAGCGUGUGACACAGAAGGAGGAGCUGCAACGUCAGAGGACCGACCUCCAACAGGAGGUGGCAAAGCUGACCAGAGAGAAUGCCAACAUGAGAUUGGAACUAGACUGUCUGCGGUCCAAGUAUGAGGCCCUCCAGAAAUAUGCCCGCACCAUGACCAAGGGCCCCACCCCACCGGCCACCAGUGUCAUCACCAUCAUCAAGUCAUCUGACUCCUAGGCCCUUCUCAGUUCCCUCUCCAUCAUCAUCUUGUAUGGGAACUGUUGGUUGAAGGGUU